GAGCCGCACGCUGAAGGCCCUGGCCCUGUGUUGUUCGGCCCCGGGCGGAGCGGGGCAGGGCGGGCUUCGCCACGAGCGGGGCUCCGGAGGGUGUGUAGGAGUUCGCCAGGCGAGGGGAGCGGCCGGGCCCACCCUCCCUCCUCCCCGCUGCAGGGAUGGGCUCCAAGGCCAAGAAGCGCGUGGUGCUGCCCACGCGACCGGCGCCCCCCACGGUGGAGCAGAUCCUGCAGGACGUGCGGGGGGCGCCCGCCGAGGACCCCGUCUUCACCGCCCUGGCCCGGGAAGACCCCCCAGGUCCCUCUGGGAGGGCCGAGGACGCCGAGGCCCCGCGGGAGCAGCUCUACCAGCAGAGCCAGGUCUACGUGGCCAUGAACCAGCGGCUGCGGCAGGCGGGCGCCCAGCUGGAGCAGAAGCGGAAGGAGCUGCGGCAGGCGGGCCAGGAGCUGGAGCGGGACUUCGGCCAGGUGGCCCAGGUGGCUCUGCCGGGCGCCGCCUCCUCGGGCUGACCCGGCCCGCCGGAACCUCCGGGCCUCCGCACACCUGGCCCGGCGCCUCACCUGACACCCGGCCCCCGGGUCCCAGCAGUGGCUCAGCCGGGCACGGGCCCUCCCCGAGGGUGGGGUCCGGGUUGUGCGCCUGCCCCGCGCCCUGAGGCGCCCCGACUGGCCUUCCUGUGGGGCCCAGUCCCCGAGGGCCGUCCAUCCAUCCUCCCCUCCUUUCCUCUGGCGACCCUGCUUCACUGACCACCCGUCAGCUGACCCGGCCCUCUGGUUCUGUGGUCUCCGUGUGAACGGGGGGGCCCCAGAGGUCCCAGAAGAGGGUGGGGGGUCCAGUGUCCUCCCCAACCCGUGGUGGCCGUGGUGUGUGAGGAGCAGUGGCCCCUGCAGGGCCCAGAUCUGAGAUGGGGCCUCGGGGUGGGUGCUACCCCAGGGCCCCCGGCAGCCCGAUCCGCGGCCUGGGCGCUCCCCCAGGGCAGGCACUCGUCUCUCCGUCAGCUGUGGGAUUCUGCCACAUCGGGGCGCCGUGAGAAGACGUGCUGGUCAGUCCACCACGCCGGGCCCUCCCCCAGCCACCCUCCCAUCCCUGCACCUUCGUCUGCGGACAGGUGGGUGAUGGAGCAGAAGAGGAUCUUGAAAAGGGCCUUCACCAUGAAAAGCAACCCCGUGAAGACCAGAGAAGCAGCCGGGCCCGGUGCGGAUGAGCCCAAGUCCCUGUGAUGAAACCCCCGCGGGCGGCCGCCUGGAUGCUGCCCCCGUGGACCAGUCCUUUCCAGGGUCCCUGGAAGCUCAGGGCAGUGCUGGACCCAGCGUGGCGGGAGACCCCGCACCCCCCAGGAAGAAAGGGUGUCUGCUUCACCCCGAGAGCCCCUAUAGCUGGAAACUUGACCUCGGGGGCCCAGGUGUUGAGAAAGUGGAGCCUCGGCUGUCGUGGCAGCAGGGGUGCCAGGCUGCCUGGUCCAGGGAGCAGUGCCAGCAGCGGGCCCUGUUGUGAGCUGCUUGCCCCUCCACGCCCCCCGCCUGGCCUCCGGGUGGGGCCAUCUGUCUCUGGGGCACUGUCUACCCUCCGGAGUCCCCCAGGGUCAGCCGGAGACACUCCGCCGACCUCCUGCCCGGCCCCUCCCCUGUGCCCAUCCUGAGCGCUCUCCUUGCACCCCCGGUCGCACUGGGGCUCUGCGCUCAGGCGUCCCCUCUCGUCCUCGCAGUUGUGGGGUGCCCGGCUCUGCAGGCAGCACGUGGACCCCCACCCCGGCCUCUCCCCUCUGAGACGGGCGCAGGCAGUGCGGGGCGCGAUUCAACAGCUGUUUAUUAAAGGUGCACGUGAGA